UGGCGCAAACUUGGAGACCUGGGACUUCUCGGCAUUACUGCAGAGAGUCAGUACGGAGGCUCGGAGGGCACCUACCUUGACCACUGCAUCGUCAUGGAGGAGAUAUCUAGGGCGGCAGGCGGUGUUGCACUCAGCUAUGGAGCACACUCCAACCUGUGCAUCAACCAAAUGUCGCGGCAUGGCACCCCGGAGCAAAAGGAGAAGUACCUGCCUAAGCUGAUCAGCGGAGAACACGUCGGCGCGCUGGCGAUGAGUGAACACAACGCUGGCUCCGACGUCGUCAGCAUGAAGACGACGGCCGUGAAGAAAGGCGAUUAUUACAUUCUGAAUGGGAGUAAGUUCUGGAUCACUAACGGUCCCAUUGCUGACACUCUGAUCGUAUAUGCACGCACGAACCCAAGCGCCGAUAAACCACAGCAUGGAAUCAGCACCUUCAUCAUAGAAAAGGGCAUGGAAGGCUUCAGUGUUGGAACAAAGCUUGACAAGUUUGGCAUGCGCGGCUCACCAACCGGCGAACUCAUAUUCGAAGAUUGCAAAGUACCAGAGAAGCAGUUGCUUGGGUCCCUCGAUAAGGGAGUUUACGUGUUGAUGACGGGACUGGACGUCGAACGAUUGGUGCUCUCCGGUGGCCCUGUGGGGAUCAUGCAGGCGGCUUGCGACCUUGCGUUCGAUUACUGCCACCAUAGGGAGGCAUUCGGAGAACAGAUCGGCACGUUCCAGCUCAUGCAGGGUAAGAUGGCGGACAUGUACACGACGCUGCAGGUGUCUCGCUGCUACGUUUACAGCAUAGCAAAGGCACUGGGGGCCGGGCACGCAAACCGCAAGGAUUGUGCUGCUGUGAUACUCUACGCUGCUGAAGCAGCCACCCAGGUGGCGCUGCAGGCACUGCAAGCAAUGGGUGGUAACGGCUACAUCAACGACUACUCGGCUGGCCGGCUCGUGAGAGAUGCGAAACUGUAUGAGAUUGGCGCAGGAACGAGCGAGGUGCGUCGCCUCGUGAUUGGUCGUGCGAUCAACGCACACUACGCCAAAUGAUGAACGCUAAAGAUCCAUGAGCGACCUAGAUAGCAAGCAAACCACGCAAGAAACUAUAGAGACCUAGUACGAACCAAAUGAAACCUCAGUUCAAAUUAGUUUGAAAAGCGUCGUAGAUACGUAUCGUAAUUGCGUUUGAAAUGCGAGGUAAGAUGUGUCACUAGGUGGCGUGCGUGCUUGUACAUUGAUGUGCGAGGUCCCGUCGAGACCGGAAUCAUGUUGGAGAUUGUUGUCGCAACUUGCAUCGUGUAGUUCUGUCACGGGAUACAUUUUGAUAUGGCUUAUUCGACAUGUGGUUAAUACUUGUUACAUGUAAAUAAUAGGCAUAUUACAUAAAAUGAUUUGAACUGAAA